AUGUCGGGAGAUCAACUGCCAACUCUAAAGAGAAGAGCAUAUAAAGAUUAAGUUUUCUGCUGGAUUGAAUCUGGCGAAACAGAAAAAGUUAUUAAGUUCAUAGACGCUUACGAACACCAUGCAAAGCAAUUUGUCACUAUGAAUAGCUGGAGUAUACCUAUGUUCGCUUGUAGAUAUGGAAAUUUAUAAUUAUUGGAAUUUUUGCACAAAAAAAAAUUAAUAUAUGAAGGAAAUUAUUAAUAUACUUUAGUCCAUGCUGCUUGCUUUGGUAAUGAGAUUGAAGUCUUAAAAUAUCUUCUAGAUGUACUCAAAAAAGAUCCAGUUCCCAUGAAUGAGUAAUAGCCUCCUUUAAAAAUAUGUUUCAGAGCAGAAAAUCAAUCUUUGGCAGAGUUAUUAAUAAGCAGAGGAGCUUACUUUUAGUAUGGAUCUUUUUGUCACAAUGUAAGGUUAGAAACUGUAAUGCCUUAAAAUCCUUAAUAAUAACCUUAGCACAAAUAUAAAACAAUUUAACGUGAUCCAAAAAAUAACGAAAUAGUUGAAAUUGAAGUACCUGCAUCUCUGGUCUUUUAAAGUACCAGUAUACCCAAAGAUAGUAACAUGCUACCCUUCUUAAGAUUCAGCAGAAUACGUAACUUUAUCUAUGUUAGAAGAGUAUAUGAAAACUAAACAGUGCCUUUCAAUGAUGAAAAAAAGAAGGAAAACUUCUACUCUUUUGCAAAAAUUGCUUUCGAAAACCCUAUGAGAAGAGAAAGAAUACUUGAGUAUUUAAUAGGUAACAAAGAGGUUCGUGAUAAUGGGGGGCAAUAAUAACCUUAAUUAACUAAUGUAAGCAACUAAGUACCACCUGUAGCUUAUAACAAACCUGUUUAAUAUCAAAACCCUCCAAAUUAGAAUCCUUAACAAAUGAUGCCAAAUUAGAAUUAUAAUUAAUAAGUUCCUUUAUAAGGAGCCCCUCAUAAUUAUUAGAACUAAGGAUAACCAUAGAACCCAAAUUACUAACCAGUUUAGUAACAUCCAUAAUAAAAUAAUUAAGUUCCUCCACAAUUUAAUAAUGCUUAAAAUCAUCCAAAUCCAAAUUGA